AUGAUUCAGAUCGGAGUCAUCGCUCCGAUACCGUUAAGCUCCGGUAGCUUUGGGAAAAUGGCGGACAAUACGAAGAUUCGUCACUCUCUGAUCAUCUUCCUCGUGGCGAUUUCCACAGUCUACAGUGUUUCCGCAGAUUCGAUAAAAGGCUGCGGUGGUUUUGUGGAGGCGAGUUCGUCUUUGGUCAGGUCUCGGAAAGGAGCAGAUGGGAAGCUUGAUUAUUCUCACAUCACGGUUGAGCUUCAAACAGUAGAUGGAUUGGUGAAAGACAGUACACAGUGUGCCCCAAAUGGUUACUACUUCAUCCCUGUCUAUGACAAGUUUUUACGUUUUAUUUUCAUAGGGGUCAUUCAUUCUCAAGAUAAAAAAGGAUGGUCAUGGAAUCCAGAUAAGGUUCCUGUUGUCGUUGACGACUCUAGUUGCAACAACAAUGAGGAUAUUAACUUCCGCUUCACGGGUUUUACAUUAUCCGGUAAAGUCCUUGGAGCUGUUGGUGGGGAGAGUUGUACGAUUAAGAAUGUAGGUCCUUCUGAUGUCAAUGUUGAGUUAUUGUCUUCCGAUGGAGAUCCCAUUGCUUCUAUUCUCACAUCGUUAGAUGGGAGCUACUUGUUCAAGAAUAUCAUUCCAGGAAAAUACAGUAUCCGUGCAUCCCAUCCAGAACUGCAAGUUGAAGUUCGCGGUUCACCAGAGGUCGAACUUGGAUUUGCAAAUGGUGUGGUGGAUGACAUAUUCUUUGUCCUUGGUUAUGAUCUCAAGGGGUCUGUUGUUGCGCAGGGAAAUCCAAUCCUCGGAGUUCAUAUAUAUUUGCAUUCAGAUGAUGUUUCCAUGGUAGAUUGUCCCCAAGGAUUUGGUGAUGCUUCUGGAGAAAGGAAGCCUCUCUGCCAUAGUGUAUCUGAUGCGGACGGAAUUUUCAGUUUCAAGUCCAUCCCAUGUGGAAAAUAUGAACUGAUACCGCAUUAUAAGGGUGAGAACACGGUCUUUGAUGUUUCACCUCCUGUGAUGCCUGUUUCUGUAGAGCAUCAACAUGUUACUGUUCCCAAAAAGUUUCAGGUAACAGGAUUCUCCAUCGGGGGUCGUGUAGUUGACAGUGAUUCCAAGGGAGUUGAGGGCGUUAAAAUCUUAGUAGAUGGUAGUCUAAGAUCUGUCACGGACAAGGAAGGUUAUUACAAGCUUGACAAGGUUACAUCGAAUCGAUAUACCAUAGAUGCAGUGAAGGAGCAUUACAAGUUCGACAAACUGACGAAGUUCAUGGUCCCUAGGUCUUACCAAAUAUGGCUUCACUUCCAGACAUCAGUGCUGUUUCCUAUGAUAUCUGUGGUGUGGUGCGAAUAGUUGGUUCUGGUCACAAGGCAAAGGUAGCUUUGACUCAUGGACCCGCAAAUGUCAAACCGCAAAUGAAGCAUACAGAUGACAGUGGAACUUUCUGCUUCGAGGUUCCACCAGGCGAAUAUAGGCUGUCUGCUUCGGCUGCAACACCAAAGAGUGCUCCUGAACUUCUGUUUUUGCCAGCUUAUGUGGAUGUUGCCGUGAAAAGUCCAUUGUUGCACAUCGAAUUUUCUCAGG